AUGAACUAUCUCAUAAUUGAACUAGCACACCUGAUCUUGGUAUUCAUUCUUCCUAUCUACACCAUAAUUGCAUGCUCGUGCAACACACGAGCUCGACAACAAGCUCAUUUAGAAAAUCGUCAGGCCCUCCGCGAACGUCAACGUCAGGCGGUUUUGUCUGGAAAAAGUGUUCGAAGUGUGAUAGAAACCGAAAUUGAGAGUGAGACAACGCAAUGUCCCACGUGGGCUUGUGUUGGCAGAUUGGCUCCGAGACUCAAGAGUCAGAAUGAAACAACAUACAAACGAAUCGAUCAAAUCGAUCAGAAUGAGAAGGAGAAGCCACCAUUCCAGGUCAUUGUUGAUUCUACGUCGAGUAAGACUAUGAAGAGUGUGAAAACGAACGGAGGAAGUGUCAAGUAUUCGGAUAUUGUGUCGAAUGAUUUCGAUGUAUCUGCCAACUCUUCCCGUUCCUAUGUGAGCUCCAUGGCAUAG